AUGCGUGCGGGGCGCCAACUUGCAGGAAGGGAGCGAACAACGGAUGAGGACCCUGAACUCGAAGCAAUAGUGGAGCUGUGCAUGGAUCUGGGGGAGGGACAAAGCGCGCCUUCCCAACCUUCUGAAAUGCCACCACAGAUGCACUGGGGACCGUCUCAUUCGCGGCAGCACGUUUCGCGUAGCAGAGAGGAAUUGCACACAGGCGUGCAAAGUGUUUCGUUCUUGCCUUGGGAUGUACACUUGCCUUAUUCCUAUGUGCAAGCCCCAGGAUUCCUCCAGGGACCUGGUACGCAGACGAACUAUAGCUUUGAGAGAGGCUCCGCUGAUAUGUGGGGGUCUCCUGAGUCUCUAGGCGAAGGACCGUCCACAUCUGCAGGGUUCUCUUCGAUGCUGCAGCUAUCUGCUGACGGUUCCGUCCCCACGGCUUCUGCGGGAUACAGCUCCUACGCCUUUCCCCCGGCUGGCAGUGCACCUCCAUCAUUUCAAGGAUUUCAUGUGCCGAGUUUCGCAGCUCCCUUAAACGUGCCUUUGGCUUUCGACGACUUCAAUGCAGGCUGGGUGUUGCGUCAAGCCCAGCCCAGGGCGCAGCCUGGCGCCCCAACCCACCUCUUUCAGCCCACCCCGCAGCGAGGCGUGUACCCUGCAGUGUUUGAGGCAGUGCCUGUAGGGAAGAGAAAACGUGAAAAACAACCGACUAGCACUUCAGCGACCCCUUCAAAGAAAUUAAGGGGUUCUUCCAGACGAAUGCCAAACAUGCAACAGAUGCAUGAAACUACUGCAACUGCGUCUUUGACCAGUGCCCAACAAAUGCAACUGUUACUAGUUGAGAGGGAUUCUAUGAUGCAGGGCCCGAUUAGCGCAUCGAACGAUAGCCCUUUAGAUGUGCUUUCAAGUGACUCACUCUCAAGUUCUCAUCCAUUUCCGGCUACGCCACCGUCUCAGGUAGCGAGCGGCGCGCCGUUGGUCCGUGCAGUGCAUCAAACAUCAACUACUUCGGCAGAAUCCCGUGGCUCUUCUCCCAGAGCACACGAACCGGGUAGUUGCCCGGAAGAAAGUGUGACUGCACAAGGCAUCACCUCAGCGACAAGCCCUACACCUCCCCUACCGCGGAGGGGCCAUCCUUUUUAUUGGACCCCAGCGUUGCAACCAGGUGCCACCACUAGGCCGUUUUCUUUGGUUUCUGCUCGUUCACGUAUACUUUCCUUCGAUUCAAUACAUGAUCUUCUGCGGAUGAUGCGGUCACUGCUUAUGAAAGAUAUGAUUGUUCAAGCGGAUCUAGAAGUUCUCGUCUGCAAAAUGGAAACUCUUGUAGGAUAUCUACUGCAUUUCCAUACGACGCCUGUGAAUGACCUAAUCCCUAAGAAGGCUGUUAUCUCCCUAGGCUUCCGCUAUAUAAUACUGGAUUUCCUGUUUGUCGCAAGAGAGGUGUUGGGGGAGGCAGGGAACGCCAGCUCUUGGUGGCAGGAGGUCGUGGCAAGCAUUCCGCACGAGGUGGAAUACCAGUAUACACGGUCGUUCGGAACUCAAUUUGAAGCGAAUAUGCGUCUCGUCAAAGGCCUGAGCGGAGCAAUAGAGAUGCUUAAGAAUGGCAUCCGUCCUAGCAUGGGUGCAACCAUUCUGCUGAAGAGACGGUUGUUUUGCAAAGCGACCUCACCCCCAGCUUUCAAAGGUCACCGUUGGGAUCCUUGGAGAAAUGAUGAUCAAGAAUAUAGAGACAGCCUCAAGUAA